CGGAGGCCUGGCGGCGAGCUGGGGUCGUCCUGCACAGCCGCUCUUGCCGGCAAAUCGCGCGAGAUUUCGCUCCCCCUGGGCUCCACGACGGUCAGCGACGCGCGAGCGACUGCUGGGACUGUGGCUCUCGGAGCUGUUUCGGGCCCCCGCGGAAUAUUUUAUACAGAAAUCUUGUGAGACCACUGCCCAAUCAGAGCGAUGAUUGUUCAAAGAGUGGUAUUGAAUUCUCGACCUGGAAAAAAUGGUAAUCCAGUGGCAGAGAAUUUCCGAAUGGAAGAAGUCUGUUUACCAGAUAAUAUCAGUGAAGGACAAGUACAAGUUAGAACUCUUUAUCUUUCUGUGGAUCCCUACAUGCGUUGUAGAAUGAAUGAAGACACUGGCACUGAUUAUUUAACACCUUGGCGGCUAUCUCAAGUGGUUGAUGGUGGAGGUAUUGGAAUUAUAGAAGAAAGCAAACACACAAAGUUGACUAAAGGCGAUUUUGUGACUUCUUUCUAUUGGCCCUGGCAGAGCAAGGUUAUUCUGGAUGGAAAUAGCCUCGAAAAGGUAGACCCACAACUUGUGGAUGGACACCUUUCAUAUUUUCUUGGAGCUAUAGGUAUGCCUGGUUUGACUUCCUUGAUUGGAAUACAGGAGAAAGGUCAUAUAACUGCUGGAUCUAAUCAGACAAUGGUUGUCAGUGGGGCUGCAGGUGCCUGUGGAUCCUUGGCUGGGCAGAUUGGCCGUUUAUUAGGUUGUUCCAGAGUGGUGGGAAUUUGUGGAACACGUGAGAAAUGCAUCCUUUUGACCUCAGAACUGGGCUUUGAUGCUGCAAUUAAUUAUAAAAAAGAGAAUGUGGCAGAACAGCUCCGUGAAUCAUGCCCAGCUGGAGUGGAUGUUUAUUUUGACAAUGUUGGUGGUGACAUCAGUGAUACAGUGAUAAGUCAGAUGAAUGAGAACAGCCACAUCAUACUGUGUGGUCAGAUUUCUCAGUACAACAAAGAUGUGCCUUAUCCUCCCCCGCUAUCCACUGCUAUAGAGGCAAUCCAGAAAGAAAGAAACAUCACAAGGGAAAGAUUUCUGUUGUUAAAUUAUAAAGACAAAUUUGAGCCUGGCAUUCUACAGCUGAGUCAGUGGUUUAAAGAAGGAAAGCUAAAGAUUAAAGAGACGGUAAUAAACGGAUUGGAAAACAUGGGAGCUGCAUUUCAGUCCAUGAUGACAGGAGGUAACAUUGGAAAGCAGAUAGUUUGCAUUUCAGAAGAAAUCGCUUUGUAAUCACUGUAAAUAUCAUCAAGGCAAUCACAGCUUUCUUUCCCAUUUUGCGUAUUUUCAAAGAUACGUUAAAAAAUCCUUAGGACAUACGUAGCUCUUGAUUUAAAUGUGAUCAUAGGUGUUAUUUUUAGUGGCCAUAGGGGAUUUGAUAUACUCAUUAAUGAAUCAUACAUGUUUUUAAAAAUUAAUAACUUUUUAAAAAAUAGAAUGCUUGAGAGGUGCUUAGUAAAGAUUUGUUAAACUAGAAACGUUUUACAUGAUCUGAUACAACCAUUAAUGACUCUUACACAAUAAGUUUUUUAAAAUUAAUGUUUAGUAAUAACUUUUAUUAAAAUAGAUUGCUUUAAAAAAUAGAAUGAGAAUGCCUGAGAAGCACUUAGUAAAGAUUUGUUGAACUAGACAUGUUUUACGUGAUUCUUAAAUUGAAACUUGGUGUAA